AAGCGAUUGGAUAGGAGAAGGGAAGUCAGUUUCACACAGAUUCUGGGAAUUGAAUGUAGGUUUCGUUGCAGGUUGUUAGUAAUAUAGUGAUCUAUAAUAGUAUGUUGCAAUCCCAUAAAUGAUCCUGAUCUACUGAAAUGUUGUGUCUGAACGGGGUUUUGUUGUUUUGGAGUCUCUGUCAUGUCCUCAGACAAGCAUGGUCUGAGGAUGAGCUGUCAUCUCCACGGGACGUGCGCGUUGACUCUGCUGUGCGUUGGAGCCCCGCCGCAGACAGGCCAGGGAUAAAGUACACGGUUCAGUACAGGACUGAUCGCGAGAAGUGGCACAACAUUUCGGGCUGUGUUCAGACCGAGCUCACCACCUGUAAUAUACAGUCUGGAUGUGUGAUGGUGCGAGUCCUGGCUCAGGAAGGGAACCGCACAUCCAGAUUUGUCGAAGCCUGUCGACAUGCUGAUUCUUGCAGCCCUGAAGUCCAGUUGACCUCCAAGGAAGGACUUCUGAUGGUCCACAUGGUAAAGAACAACCGUCUACUGGAGGAUAAUGGAGACCAUUUUCAGUACCACGUUCAAUAUGGCCGAGACGGGGAGGAGCUCAAACAGGAUCUUUACACCUCCACAUCCCUUAAGACCAUCGAACGUCUGGAUGUGGGCCGGAGGUACUGUGUACAGGUCCGGUAUUUAUGUUACCAAAAACCCUUUGGAACCCCCAGCGUUCAACAUUGUGAGUCCAUCCAAGAGUCAGAAAGGACACAGAAAAAGAAGAUUGUGGCGAUCGGUGUGACCUCUACCAUAAUGUUGGGUGUCUUGGUAGUGGGUCUUACGCUCUUCAUCUAUAGGCACCAUACGAAAAUCAAACAGUUCCUUCAGCCCCCACUACGGUUACCAGACCACUAUUGUGAGUACCUGUCAGGGGUGUUCCCCCAGCAGGACCUGUCCCUCACAACCAGUCCCUGUGAAGAACGCCAUGAUCUCAUCUCCAUCGUCUGCCUUGAAGAGGACCUGAUUCCUGAGUCUGACAGAGAACAGGAUUAUGACUCACCUAAUGGACUGGAUUUCUUAGAUCAUUAUGAAUGAUCCUGUGACUUCAGACAUGAGACUUUUGCACUCCGUUAGGAUUUGAGAUGAACUUGAUAGCGUCAGAACAUUAACUAGGGGCGGCAGGUAGCCUAGUGGUUAGCGUGUUGGGUCAGUAACCGAAAGGUUGCUGGAUCGAAUCCCUGAGCUGACAAGAUAAAAAUAUGUCGUUCUGCCCCUGAGCAAGGCAGUUAACCCACUGUUCCCCGGUAGGCCGUCAUUGUAAAUAAGAAUUUGUCUAGUGAACUGAUUUGCUUAGUGAAAUAGUUUUAUAGUAGGCCUGGCUAUUGCACUGUUUCCACUCCAAAGGCUUUGCUUAGCAUCAGCUACCACCAUUAUUGUUGAUCAAAAGAAAACUAUUUUACAAUAAAGUAAACUUCUGUGGGUAUUUUAGUUUGCUCUGCAACCGGGGCCAGAGAAAGGUGCUUGUGUUUCAGUAAUUACACCUACCCAGUAGCUGGAUUUUCAUUGGAUAAUAAUAGGUGCAAUCAGGUAGUCCAGCUAAAAAUAGAACCGCUAUACAUUUCGAAAUCAUUUUAUGAAAAUGCUGAGGUUUUCUGGAAAAGUAAGAAAGUGUCCUUGGGCCAGGACGUAAAUUGGGGAUUUUUGUUUGUUACAUGACUGCUGUAUAUUACAAAUCUGUACAUUUCACACUAUUUCUAAGUAUUAAAAAAAUAAUUCAAAUGUUUAAUGGGGUACUUUGGGAUUUAAGCAAUGCAAACUACCGUUAGUGCUAACCAACGUUAAUGCUAACCACCGUUAAUGCUAACCACCGUUACUGCUAACUACCGUUACUGCUAACCACCGUUAAUGCUAACUACCGAUAGUGCUAACUACCGAUAGUGCUAACUACCGUUAGUGCUAACUACCGUUAGUGCUAACUACCGUUAGUGCUAACUACCGUUAGUGCAAUGGCUGGGAAGUUCAUGGGUAUCUGCUAGCAGGUAAUUUUACAAACCAAUUAAAUGACAUUUUCCCUGAGGUGUACUGUAUGUAUGUUCAAAGUUGGUUAUGUCUUAAGUGUAAAAGUGUGUUGAGACCUAUAUGCUAUCACUUUAUACGUUCUCCUUGUACUAAUUGAAUUUAUUUUUAUAUCGAUUGUAUUUCUUCUGUCAAAUCCUUUUAUUAGGACGGCGGCAGGGUAGCCUAGUGGUUAGAGCGUUGGACUAGUAACCGGAAGGUUGCAAGUUCAAACCCCCGAGCUUGUUCUGCCCCUGAACAGGCAGUUAACCCACUGUUCCUAGGCCGUCAUUUGAAAAUAAGAAUUUGUUCUUAACUGACUUUGCCUAGUUAAAUAAAGGUUAAAAAAUUAAAAAA